UGUACGUCAUAGCUAUUGUUUAUAUCAGGUCGUUUGAUAAACUAGUCUUGUGUUGUACGAACUACAUGUUUUAAUUAAUAAAAUGAAAAGCAAUAUUCAUAUUCCGUCUGCACUUCGUUUAAUAUCAAUAACUAUCUUUGUUGUUGCGAUAACUUCUACCGCAGCUACAUUUGUUGAACAGUGUAAAGCCAUAUUAAAUUGCGCUGGGUUUACAGGAAGUUAUCAUAUAGAUAUUAUUAAAAAAUCGGCUAUAGAUGAUAUCAUAAAAAUUAUAAAACCAUUCCGAAAUGAUAUGCCAAAAGGAAAAGAACAUAGUUCCGAAGAAAUGCUGAAAUUACUGAAAAAACGCCUGGGUGAUACACAAGAACCAAAAACUGAUGAAGAAAAACACAUAAAUACAGCCAAAGAAAUAUUAAAUAAAUGUUCCAGUACCUUAACAGAAGAUAAUUGGGUAGAUAUAUUCCAAAUAUCCUUACAUUAUCUGAUAACUAUUGAACAAUUAAGUUUACUUAAUAUAUUUCAAGGCACAAUUAACCAAAUAGCUUAUGAAUUACUAAAUAAUGUGGAUUCUGUAGACGACAUAAACAAAAUUAAUGAUAUGUUAAAAAGAUACUGGACAAAUUCCCAAGUUCCUUUGGGCGAAUACACAGACAGCUCUAAUUACAACAACGCAUACUGCAGAUCGAUUGAUUUAACUGGAGGCAAGGAAAAGCCAGCUGAUGCAUUUUUUUAUUUUAAUGCAUUACUUCCAAAAUUGCUUGAAUAAUAAUAUUUUAAUAAUAAAUCAGACACUACGAUUUUUUUACCACAAAAGUUUAUGAUAAGAGUUUAUGCUCGUGUUAUAUCACCUAUUAUAACUAUAUUAUUAAAUCACCCAUAUUUUGUAUAAGCCACCAUACUGAGU